AUGAUCAACUCUACACAGAUUUCAUAUUUUACACUUGCUGCUUACUUUGACACCGGGGUGUUCAAAUACUUAUACUUCUUACUGAUUUUGUCCUUAUAUGUGUUCAUAGUGUGUGCCAAUGUGCUGCUGAUUGUGGUUAUCUGUGUGAACAGGAGCUUACAUGAACCUAUGUACCUUUUUCUGGUCAGCCUGUUUGUAAAUGAACUGUAUGGUAGUACAGGGUUGUUUCCAUUCCUUCUGGUUCAGAUCCUCUCUGACAUUCACACUGUUUCUGCUCCCUGCUGUUUCCUGCAGAUUUUCUGUGUGUAUACUUAUGGAAAUGUAGAGUUUUCUAAUUUAGCCCUCAUGUCUUAUGACAGAUAUCUUGCUAUCUGUUAUCCUCUGCAGUAUCACACUCGUAUGCCAUCUAACAAGGUUGCCGUAAUCAUUGCGUCCAUCUGGUUAUUUGGUGUAAUUAACAUUGUUGUCUUGAUGUCUCUGAGUGUCUCCUUGCAGCUGUGUGGGAACACGAUUUAUAAAGUGUACUGUGACAACUACUCAAUCGUUAAACUGGCAUGCUUCGACACAACCAUCAAUAACAUUUAUGGACUUGUGUAUAUAUUUACUGUAUUAUUUGGUCUUAUAAUUCUCAUCCUCUACUCCUACAUGAGGAUCCUCAAAGUGUGUUUUUCUGGCUCCAGACAGACCAGACGGAAAGCUGUCAGUACCUGCACACCUCAGCUUUGUUCCCUGCUGAAUUUUACUCUUGGGUCUUUCUUUGAAUUGGUGCAAGGCAGGUUCAAUAUGAGCAGUGUGCCCAUGAUAUUACGCAUUAUUCUGUCAUUGUACUGGCUGACGAGCCAGCCGCUCUUCAACCCGGUGAUGUACGGACUGAAAAUGUCCAAAAUCCGUAACAUUUGUAGAAGUCUUGCUUUGGCCCCCCCGGCCCCCCCGGCUCCCCCAGCCCCCCCGGACCACCCGGCCCCCCCGGCCUCCCCGGACCACCCGGCCCCCCCGGCCCCCCCGGACCACCCGGCCCCCCCGGACCACCCGGACCACCCGGCCCCCCCGGCUCCCCCAGCCCCCCCGGACCACCCGGCCCCCCCGGACCACCCGGCCCCCCCGGCCCCCCCAGCCCCCCCGGACCACCCGGCCCCCCCGGCCCCCGAACUUUCUUCUCCUACAUACUGUCACAUGGCCCUGGUGGAGCUGGCCUGUGGAAGCACCGCCACCAACAACCUGGUCGGGUUGUUGACCUUGGUCCUCGUCCCCGUAGCCGACUUCAUUGUAAUCACGGCCUCCUACGUCGUCAUAUUCAUUUUCAUGCCCAAGUCCGCUGGGUCCAGGGUCAAGGCGCUCCACACGUGUGUCACCCACAUCGUGGUCAUGAUCGUCAACCUGAACAUCGCACUUGUUGCUCUCCUGUCCUACCGGAUCAGAAACCGUCUCCCUGAAGCCAGUCGGGUUUUCUUCAGCACCAUGUACCUGCUGUUCCCCAGCUGCUUCAACCCGAUCGUCUACGGCAUCAGAACCGCCGGCAUCCGCAAGCACAUCGAGAACACACUCAGGAGCUGCCACAAUUGGCUGAGAGAUGAUGAGCUGGUGUGUCCGUGCAGCCAAUGGCAGCGUCAGACAGGACUGGUCGAAGGCUGUUAUAAAGAGGACGUGAGGAUGGCGAACGUGUCCCACACCCACUUCGUCCUGGACGGCUUCAAUUGUUUCUGUGAGCACAUGGCCCUGGUGGAGCUGGCCUGUGGAAGCACCGCCACCAACAACCUGGUCGGGUUGCUGACCGUGGUCCUCGUCCCUGUAGCCGACUUCAUUGUAAUCACGGCCUCCUACGUCUUCAUAUUCAGCUCCGUGCUGACAUCUGGCACGUCCGGUAUCAAAGCGCUUCAUACCUGCGUCACCCACAUCGUAGUCAUGAGCGUGAGCCUGACCAUCAUCCUCACAGCCUUCCUGUCCUACCGGAUCAGAAACCGUCUCCCUGAAGCCGUCCGGGUUUUCUUUAGCACCAUGUACCUGCUGUUCCCCAGCUGCUUCAACCCGAUCGCCUACGGCAUCAGAACCGCCGAGAUAAGACAGCAGAUCAUCAACACGCUGACGAGCUUUCGCUUCCUCCAAACCGGGACUCAUUCUUAA